AUGUCUGCCAUUAAACAAUGGAAGAAACCUAAAGAUGGUUGGUUGAAAGCUAAUUUUGAUGCGGCAAUAGAUGAGCAAAAUUGUGUUGUGGGACUGGGGAUUAUCAUCAGAAACAGUAAAGGGGAGGUCAUGGCUGCAUAUAGUGAACCACAGAGAAUGAAAGCCAAAGCAGUGUUAGUUGAAGCCAUUGCCCUGAGAAGAACAAUUGAAGUCUGUAAAGAGAUGGGUUUUAAUAAAGUGGUUUUUGAAGGUGAUACACUUGUAAUGAUUAAUGCUUUGAAAGAGAAUGUGGUUUGCUGGACAUGGUAUGGGCAAGUUGUGGAAGAAGUGAAGAGUAGCUUGAAAGAGUUGCUGCACUGGAAGAUUCAAUUUGUUCGAAGAGAUGGCAAUAUGAUUGCUCAUAAGUUGGCAAAGUUUGCCUUAAAUAUAGGAAAUUUAACAUGUUGGAUAGAAGAAUGUCCAGUUUUUAUCUCAAGUUUGGUUGCUUUUGAUAUGGCUUGUAAUGACUGA